AUGGCAGCUUGGGCACUUGUGGGGAUUGUCCUAUUCUUCUUCACGGAGUACCACAACUGUUUGUCUGUUUCUGAUGACAAGUACCUUGCUGUUUAUCCAACUUACAAGUUUGGGCAAGCCGUAGUAGGAUAUGAAGACAACACCCCACGCUAUUACAACUCUCACGCUGAUGCAGCAUCCAUUUAUUCAUCACGUGGAAGCGCAAGUUCGAAUUAUGAGAAUUUUAAAGAUCCGCAAACUCUACUGGCCGAUGAGAUAAAUCGAGAUGAUGACUACAAAGGAAAUAACUUUAUUGGGAGCACAUCGGGAUUCAAACAAUACAAAGCAUCCACUAGUUUCAACUACAAUGGACCACAUCAACUGGAAACAAUAGAAACACGUAGCUUCCACAAAAAAAGUGAACCAUAUUCCCUUCACGAAUUCGAUCACUCUCAUCAUGGAGAAGAAGAGCAUGCGGAAAUCCAUUACCACCAGCACAAGCAUUUGCAUAAACACAGUCAUAAACAGGAACACCAUCAUAAACACAAACAAGAUCACAAUCAUCACCAUGCACACCAGCACGAGGAAGAGGGAAUGCACAAGCAUGCACACAAACAUGAUCACAAACACAAACAUAGUGGUGAUCACCAUCACAAUCACGAAGCUAUCCACAAGCACGAACACAAGCAGGAUCACAAACACGAUCAUCAUCACAGUAACAAACAUGAACAUAAGCAUCAUCACGACCACAAACAUGAUGCUUAUCAUAAACAUGGUCAUAAACACGACCACGAUCACAAGCACAAUCAUCACCAUGGUCACAAGCACAAUCAUCAUCAUGGGCACAAACAUCAUGAUGAUCAUAAACAUAAGCACGGUCAUAAGCAUCAUCAUGGGCAUAAGCAUGAUCACAAACAUUAUAAACAUUACUGAAUUGUGUGUAUAUUAUCCUAUUUUAUUGUGA